UAAAAAAGAGGUGCACGAACGCGAAGUCACAGAUAAAAAGUAUUUUUCUCAUUGAAUAAUUUUUAUUUUCUUUUUGUGUAUGCAAUUUUCUGAUUUAGCUCCGGCUCAUUCGAUUUUAUUUGAACAAUCCAUAAAACCCUAACUUGUAAAUACAGUGUACAUAAAAAUGAGCACACAAAAUCGAUCCAGCGGUGGCGGCCGCAACCAGAAAAAGUCAAAUUCUGGUGGUGGUGAUACAUCUAAUAAAAGAGGUGAUGUAGGCAAAACAGAUAAAGAAAAAUCGCAGCCAAAGGUACUAAAGCCAACAUUAGAUCAGAUCCGUAUUGCUCAGGCUGCAGAAAUUAAUACUGUCGCAGAAGAUCCAAAAAUGCCUGAGAAAGUCGCUACACUGAUCGAAAUGACUCAGAGGUCUGAGGAAGAAGUAUGUUGUGCAUUGUAUGAGUGCGAUAAUAAUUUGGAGCGAGCUGUAGUAUUCUUAUUAGAAACACUUCCAGUGGGAGCAUUUGAAACUUUAAAGAAGAAAAAGAGUCGGACCGCCAAUUCAGCAAGUGAGAACACUGGUGAAAGCGAUUGGGCUGAUGGAAAUGCAAAUACGGAUAAACGAGAGAAGUCUCGUAACAGGAGCAGCACACGCGGAGGACGUGGUGGCAAUGACAGUCGUGGCUGGCGAGGAAGAGAGGCUCGGGAAAACGAGAGAAAUCUAGCAGAUUCUUCUGGUCGUGGUGGUGGCGAAGGAGGAUACCGUGGUGGUAACCGAGGACGGGGUUCCAGUCGCGGAGGGAGUUACGUGGGACGCGGUGGCCGUGGUGGUCGUCUUGGCCAACGUGGAAUGGGAAGAGAUCAAGGUAGUCGCAGCAACUACUCAAGACACCAAGAUCAAGACCAUCAAGAAGUUGAGCUGUGGGACAACACGAUUGCUACAAAUGCCGAGAAGCAGCAGCAGCAACAACAGCAGCAGCAGGACGAUGCUUGGGGUGAUUGGGAUAACGAGGAAUACGUGGGCUCUCUUAAAGACAGCAAAGUAUUUACUACGAGCAAUUUGCAGCAAAGCCAGCAACCUGCUGUCGUUGGAGUGGGCAGUGCAGACUUGUCGGCUCCACCUGGCUUAGAGCUGCAUCUUGGUGCUACUCAGCAACAACAACAACCACCGCAGCAGCAAUCAUCUCAUAUAGGCAACGAUGAUAUGGCUCAACAAUAUAGCAGUGCUGUAGUAAAUAACAAUUCGAGUGUAGCUGUUUCGGGAUCGGGAACUCUUAACCCAUCUCAAUUCCCAGACAUUCAUUCAUCGAAUGCUGGUCAUAACAUGCGAAUGAGUAGCUUAGAAACGCAGCAAAUGAACAGUUCAUCGACUCUUUCAGCGGAACAGUCUCAGUAUUUCAAUUCAUUGACCUCGCAGAAUGCAGCGGCUGCAGCAGCUGCUGCUGCGGCAGUUGCUGCCGCUGCUGUAUCUCAGCAAACAGGCAGUGUAAAUUCGUACCAAAACUCAUCUGUGCAAUAUCCGACGUCUUAUGCUACAGUAUUUGGUGAUCAGAAUGUGUCAUCGCAGCCAGCUGUAAGAAGAGCGAGAGCCAAGGUGCCACCACCGUCGAAGAUACCAUCAACUGCAGUUGAAAUGCCUGGUGAUACUCUUAAUAACAUUGGUUAUUUGGAUGUUCAAUUUGGUGGAUUGGACUUUGGUACCGAAGACUCAUUCGAUGCAUUGCCGGAGAAGUUUAAUUCAUCAGCAACAAUUGACAAUCAGCAAAUUGUCCAGACUCAAGAUGUUGUUUCAAAUGACUAUCAGUCAAAGGCAAACUCGCAACAACAAGCCGUAUUGUCAGCUGGAUUGCAGAAUUCGCAAAUUUCUGAUAGUCUUACAUCAGGCUAUUCUCAACGCAGCUCCUCGAAUAUUCAACAACAGCAAAAUGCAAGCAGUGUGGGUUCAAUGAGCGCCCAAACCAACAGCUCGCUAGAUCAGCUAUCGAAAAAUGAUCCGUACAAUCAAUCGAACACAUCAAAUGCGGCUGGUUAUCAGAGCUCAUACAACUCUAGCUCCUCUGCUAACAAAUCUUCAUCUUACCAACCGACAGCUACUGGUCAGGGGUACAAUAGCGCUAGUUACACUAACGUUCAAUCUUCUUCGGCCAGUACCUAUCAACCACCGUCGAAUAACUACAAUUCAUAUAACCAGAAUUCUGUGAAUUCUUAUCAGCAGCAAGCGAAUGUAUCUUCUGUAAAUAAUUCAUCGAAUUCUGUUGCUGGUAGCACUGUGAAUAGUAGUGUUUCAACGCAAAACAUUCCCGUAGGCGGAAGCAGUAGUAGCACCGUGAAUAAUGCCAGUGCAAAUUCAAAUGCCGGAUAUUUAUCCAGUCAGUAUCAAAGCAAUCAGACAACAUCGGCUUACCCAUCACAACAGAAUGCGUACCAAAAUAAUCAAAGUAUUUAUGGCGGUACUGGUCUUUCAAAUAACACAGGGUUCACUGGUAGCACAAGCACUUCAUCAUCUCAAUACAGUAACUUUAGUAGUGCUAAACUGAAGGAAACUUCUACUACAUCGUCUAGCUCCCAUUAUGAAAGCGUUUCAAGUGUUGCAGCAAGUACAGUUGUUAGUAGCACUGUAAGUUCAGUUGUCCCCAGUUCAACAGCGACUACAAACAGUAUGAGCUCACCAUCUUUAGGUUUGACAAAUACAAAAGUAACAAACUCAGCCACCAAUGCCAACAAGAACAGUGCUGGAAUGGUGCCGCAAAACAUCCAAAUGGUUAGUCAAUAUAUUCAGACUGGAUUGCCCUACUAUCAGCAACCAGUAUAUUCUUACGAGGAUUUACAAAUGAUGCAACAGAGAGUGCCACAUGUGCAGGGAUACUACGAUCUGAAUUACACACCAACUAGUUUAGGUGCAGCCGGUGUGCGUGACAACUUGGGCUCUGUUGCUUAUUCAACAAUGACUGAUGGUCGUUUCGCCAGAACUGACAAUAACUCUAGCCCUGUUAGCAAUGUGUCUAGUACGAUGUCACAGCAAGCGGGAUCAACUGCUCCAUUGCUUAACGUUCCUUAUGCAUACUUCUAUGGAGGCAAUAUGAUGCCUGGCGGUUUCCAAUAUGGCACACCAGCAAUUUAUCCGCAGCAGAUUCCAGCUGCAAAUACUGCAUCAGGUGGUCAGUUCCCUAAACCGUCAUACAAUACUGGAUAUGGUUCAGCCAGCUACGAUGCUCUUUCACAAGCUACACAGGACUACACCAAGGGAGCGUACCCAUCUAGUGUUAACCAACAGACUAAAUCACAAAACGUAGCAAAUCCACCACAAGCCGGAACUGGUUCCGACAUUACAUCUUCAAUGUAUGGAAAGGGUCAUGUAGCAUUAAACAAAGUCAAUUCAUAUGAAAAACAAAAUUUCCACUCUGGUACACCACCCCCCUUUAAUAUGCCCAAUACGCAGACUGCCGGUGGAACGUCGGCUCAACCCUAUGGAAUGUACCUACAGCCGAUGCCAACAGGUCAUCACAAUAUGAUUCAUCAACCCAUUCAUCAGAUGGACAGCAGAAUUCAUAACUCAUCCCGUCGGGAUUCAAACAGUACUGGACAACGUCAACAGUCGAGCAACCCAACAAAAUCGGCUACUAAACAAGGCUACUCGCCAUCCUACUGGGCCGGUCAAAACUAAUUUUAUCCAUUAACGCUAGACAUUUGCCUCGUUCUCCAUGAAGGCGAUACCUACCAUAUAAUAAAAACAAGAAAAAUUGAAAACCGUUAAAUGUUUACCAUACACACACCAAUACUGUUUUUGUUCAGGAUAAUAAAGUCAAAAAACAAAAAAUAAACAACAACAUUAAAAGUUUGCAUAGUACAUUACAAAUCUGAUUAUAAUUUAUCUUACUAUAUUUAAAAAAAAUAAUACAAAUGAAACAAAAACAUAAAAAUAUACUUUUUAAAAACAAAAAAUUGAAACAGAACAGAUUUUUUUAGUUAUAGUAUUGCUGUGUUCUAUAGUUACAGCAAAUUUAUAAUUUCUAGAACUUCUCUUUUUGUACAUCAAUUUAUCGAUGUGCGCUCUUGACAUAAAUGAUUGAAAAAGAAAUGAAAAAAUUAUUCGAAAAAUCUCUACACAUAAAUAAUUCUAUAUAUAUAUAUAUAUAUAUGUGUGUGUAUAUAGAAUAUAACCCAGAUAAACCCUACAUUCACACAUACACAGCAAAAUUUAAACUGGAUAUUGUUUCUUUUAAAUGUUUAACUUUUUAAUAUAUAUAUAUAAAUAAUUAUAAAAUAAUACAUAAAUAUAAAAAUAAUUAUUAAUUAAAUUAGUACCACGUCUUUUAAUGCUAGUAUAUAUGGAAUAUAUUAUUAUAUUUAACAAUAUGUAUCUAUGACAGAAAAAAAAUACAAACCAAACAAAAUAAUUGAAACUCUUCUUUACACUUAAUGCAAGAAGUGAUAACAUUUGCAACAGCAAACAUUUGUAAAAUGUAAUUUUAAAAAAUAGUGUCAAUUGGACAUGAUGUAUCUACGUUUAAGUGAUUUAUUAAAAUUGCAUUGCUUUUGUAUCGUUCGUAGUUAGCGUUGGAGAUAAUUUGGAGUUUUAUUUACACUUUUUAAUUCGGAGUUGUGUGUGCAUUUAUAUAAGAAAACAUUGUUAUUAUGACAGAAUUAAUCGUCAUGAAAAUUCGUUGAUAAAAACAAUACGAAUUACAAAUGUACGUAAUUGUUUUUUUCCUCCCCGAAUUUCAUGACGCGAUGAAUAGGAUGCAUAUUAAUAUUGAAUUUGUCGAAUAUCAACAGACGCAAAUAUCACUUUUUCUAACUCUCCCAAUAAAAUGACCAUUGUCGGAAACAAUUUCCUUUUACAUUUAACACUUACCAAAUACAAUAUUUCAAGUGAGUGGUGAGUACAGAAGAGAGGUGCCCGAUUAAAUGCCUUCAAGAACUUUCAACAUCAAACCUCAAAGCUGCUACAUUCUUUUAUCAAGCAGAAAAGAGAGUAAAACUUUCAUACAGGAAUAAUACAAUUAGAAUGUAAAGGGUGCUUUUUUUUAAUAAAGUACUUAAAUAAAUCAAAUUUAAGCGUGUUCCAUUUCGUCUGAUGGGUCAAAAAAAUAGUCGCUAUGUCCAAAACAAAAACAAGUCACUUACAUUAGGACCGUUUUUUUUUUGUUGAUUUCGUUAAAUCAAAUUUCAAUCAUUUAUUUUUCCUAACGAUAAAAUAAAUCGUCAGACGAUUUUGCCUCACUCUGAAAUGUUUUACUUUAUUACAGUGUUAAAAUAAGGUCUUAAACUGUAACAAACGGAAACAAAUAACAUUAAAAAGUUACAUAAAUGCCGAGUUUUUUUAAAUUAUUAAAUCGGUUUCUUGUAUCAAACUGAUGCAUGUACAUUCGUACAUGUUUUUAGCAAAACUGUUGGUAGCUUCAUAAAGCACCUUGUGUUUCAUACGAAAUUGUUUAAAAUUGACAUCUUAUUCCUAUUUUUCUUUUUAUAAGUUCGCUGCAAUAGAGAUCAAUAACUAUAGUUUAAUCUUUCUUUUUUGUUACCUUUAUAAUAGUUGCUUUAAUUUUAAAUACUGUUUUCUAGUAGAUAAUAAAAUCAGUAAUAUAAACCAAUUCAGAACUAAUUUGUAUGAAAAAUGAAUAUAAAUAAAUAUACAUAGACAUACAUAUACAUAUAUCUAUUUCCUUUUUCCUAAUACAUAUAGAAAACGAAAAAUUAAACCUUAAUGUGCGUGAAUUUUUAAAUGUUGCAAAAGAGAUCACACUAAAUUAAACCACACACAACUCUUCUUACACCCACACACACAUAUAUCCAUGUUGAAUAGCUGUUUUCUUGGAUUCAUUUUUAUGCAAGAUAAAGGCUCAUUUAAAACAAAAAACUAAAUUAUAUAUAAAAAACAACUUUUUCGUUUCAAUGUAUCUCAUUUUUAUGUUUUCCAGUUUUCGUAACUUAAUACUAAAAAAAAUAUAUACAAUACAUAUAUAACAAAAUAUUUAUGAUAGAAGAACAUUUAUUAAAAAAUAAAAAUGAAUAUAUAUUUAUGUAUUUAAUUAAAAAAUAGAAAAACACAAUUUUUUUAUAUAUCCACACUUUAAAUUUAUUGAAAAAAAUAUGAAUAUAUUUUAGCUUUAUCAUAAACAAUUCUUUUUUUAACAUUAAAAAAAGAAAUAAAUUUUAUAAACAGAAAAUUUAAUGUAUAAUCAGAAAAACGGCUCUUUUUAGAAUAAGAGUUGUUUAGUCUAAAAUAAAAUGUUUAUAUAGAGAAAACUGCAAUUUGAUUUAAAUUUUUGAAGAAUUAUUUAGAGGACGAGAGUAGUUUGUACGUUUUAAAAUUUAAAUUCCUUUUUAUGUUUAUUCAAAUUGUUUUUCAAUGUGAAGAAUUGAAAAGAAGAAAAAAAAGAAAACUAUAAAAGAGAGCAAAUUUUCAAAGACAUUACACAACACAAGCAGAAGAAGAGUUAAAAGAACAAAAAAAAAGAGUAUAUUUAUAAAGGAUGCAGAAGCAAAAAUAAAAGCGAUUAAUGGCAUAAAUGAAA